UGCUGCUUGUCGCGGACUUGAGUGAAAAAUUGGUCGUCGCCGUGGUCGCCGUGGAGUGCGUGUCAGUGCCCGUGAAAAUAAUUUUUUAGGUUUGCCACGCGAGAUACUGGCGUAUCCUCACACGGAAAAUUUGCUGCACGCACUAAUCGCAACACUGAAGUAUGGCGCAGUGAAGAGUGCGAAGAAAGUUGCGAGAAAUUUGUAUAACGUGACGUCCCGCAAGUGGGUUUCAGGUCGAGAGUGAAGUUGUGCAGUGAAAGAAAAUUUUUGCAGCACAUCGCAUUUUCUCAAAAAGGUCAUAAGCAGACUUCCUCGAGGCCCCGAACGACUUGAAAGCGCAAUAAAAAUGGAUUACGAGCAUAGGGAAUUAUCGCGGAAGACUUAGAAUGUUGCACGAGAUGCAGUUAGCCAGCACAUGCGAUGGACUGAUGAUGGGAGCUACUUAUUUUAAUCGCAUCAGUUUGAAAAAAUGGAAGCUCUACUUACGUUUUUCUUGAUAUCGAUUUUGCUAAGUACUAAGGUGACGUGGGGCGAAUUCCAGCAGAGGGACACCCCAUUGAUGUCAGUACCAUCAUGUACCAUUACGUUAGCGACAUCUGCCGUCAAUGCUGUACAGUUUGAUUCUAGCAGAAACUUGAAAAUCACAUGCAUAAAUACAACAUUAUCUCAAGUUAAUUUUAAAUUAGGGACUCUUAGGGAUAAAGAAAUCUCAGAGUAUUCCCUAGACGGGUUGUAUAGAAACGAAAAUGAUCCUACAAAAAAAUUAGUGAUACAUGGAGCGAACAUAACGGAGAUCCUAGAAUGGAGAAAUAGUAUGGUUGAUAGCGGUCAAUUAGAUCUGCUGGCAGACUACAGUGGAAAAUUUAUACGUCUUCAUAUGCUAGAUUUGAGUGGAAACUCGAUCUCAGUUUUGAAAGCCACUACAUUUGAACCACUGGUACGGCUGAAAAUACUUAAAUUGUCACGUAACCAGCUGAAAAAAUGCCAACUAGAUGAUUUUAGCAUGCUAACGAAUCUCCAGGAAUUAGACUUAGGCGAAAAUGAAAUCCGAACUUUGGUUGGUUACGAUCCAAAGCGAAUUGGCGCCGACGCACUUAUUACUCAUAGUUUAAAUGAGUUAGUUAAGUUAAAUUUAUCUAAGAAUCAUAUUAAUGAUCUUCCAAGAAGCGCUUUUUUGGGUCUGGAGAGAUUGAAAGAGCUUUACCUGGCUCAGAAUGAGCUAUUUGUUAUCCCAUUUCAAAUAUUUAAGAAUUUAAAAAAUGUUGAAAUCUUAGAUCUAUCACAUAAUUCUUUAAUUUCGUUCCUGGAUAAUUUUUUCAAAGAAAACAAAAGACUUAGUAUUUUACGUUUGAAUCACAACAAAAUUGAAACUCUAUCAAAGCAUGCUCUCUUUGGAUUAAAGCAAUUGAGCCUCUUGGAUUUAUCCCACAAUAAUUUAAUGUCUAUCGAUCGGAAUGCCUUUGAAUCGCUGGUCAAUCUGCGUGAUCUGAAUCUGUUCGGGAAUCGACUUUCUGUCUUACCGUCGACUAUAUUUAACCCACUGGUGAAUCUGGAACGACUGAAUUUGGGCCAGAAUCUAUUCAAACGCUUGCCAAACGGAAUAUUCAGCAAUCAACACAGUUUGACUGAGUUACUCAUUCAAGAGACUGAAAUCGAAUCGAUUGGAAAUUGGAUAUCUCGCAACAAUGAAACUGUGAAUAAAGCCACUCUGAAAAACUUAGUAAAUGUGACUUUGACUGAUAAUAAAAGUCUAAGAGAGAUCGAGUCUAGCACUUUCAAGAGCACCCCAUCAAUCCGUAGAUUGGAUUUGUCUGGCAAUGGCUUCAGUCAACUUCCGAAAGAGAUUGGCGAAUUAACUGAAUUGAAAUGGCUUGAUAUAUCAAGGAACAGGUUGACAUAUGUUCCGGAGCAAUUAAAACAUUUGAAGAAGCUCUUAUUCGUAAAUUUAGUUGAAAAUGACUACGCAUGUGAUUGUCGCAUGUACUGGAUCUCGGACUGGCUCGACUCGACUGUAGAGAAGUUGAAGCAAUCAUCUGAGAUGUCGUUAGACAGAGAAAUUUUUCUGCAUAAUCUCUCCAUUCUGAAAUGCCGCUAUGGCUAUCCCGGUGAUUUAGUAGCGGUUCUCAAGAUUCUGCAAUGCAUCAAGCCUGUCAUUAUAAAGUCAUCUGAUAGUAAAAUGCAUUUGCUCAAGUCAACUGCCACGUUGGAAUGCGUGUUUACCGGAAAUCCACCACCAGAUAUUCUAUGGAUUACACCCUCGAAUGAGAUUCUUCGUCACAGUGCCGAUCCAGAUAAGCGGGUUCAAUUACUUCCACCUCAAAAGUUCGAAGAGAGAAUUGAAAAAGACUUGCUUAGUGAUGAAACACGUGAAGAAUUGAACUUGAGUGGGAUGUUACCGGAAAAACUAAGAGGCGGAGUGUCCUUAUUAGAGAACGGAUCGUUGCAAGUUCACAACGUGCAACGGAAUGAUAGCGGAUUGUAUACAUGUUAUGCUUUCAAUGUAAUGGGCAAUGCGACAGCUAAUAUAAGGUUAUACAUAGAUCCCAUUGUUUUCUACAGAGUGAAAAUGGGUAGCAUUAUCUGCGGAAUACUUGCUGCAACUGGGUUUCUGUUGUUAACGCUCAUAGUGCAAGGAAUACGGCGAAUACUACAGCGACUUGGAGUUUGUGACAGAUUUUGCAAUACUUGUUGCUCAUGUUGUUCCACUGAAAAGUCAUCACCUAGAGGCCGACAAAUAUAUGCUAUGCUUGAUAGUAUUGAGCACUACAAAAGUCAGCAGCUGGAACGAUUACGUGAAAAUUACACACAACAGGUAAAUCGAAUCCGCGAAAACUGCACUCAGCAAGUCGAAUGGAUCCAGAGCAGUUACAAUUCGCAAGCUAAGUAUUUGAAAGAAAUUCGCAACAUUGGAACUCAUCAUAUCACGUCUUUACGAGAUCAGUAUUAUGAUCAAGUAAAACGAGCACGAGAUUACUCAACAGGUCAAUUAAAUUGGGUACGCGAGAACUAUGUAUUCCAGCGUAACAAAAUACGAAAGUUUAGUGCUCAUCAAGUGCUUCGUCUUAGAGAAAGUUAUAAAUACCAACAACAAACUUUGAAUAAAGUUUUGGAGAACCUUCCCAGUUUUUACUUCGAGAAUUGUCGUGGGCGCUGUGAUGAAAAUAUGGACAAAGACAAGUGGAUCGAAGAAUAUUUAAACAAUUAUUUCGACGUUUACUUAAAAUCAAAGAUCAACGAACUUUCUGAAAAUAUUGAUUUGGAAACAAAAAACAAAAUCCUAGAGCGCUUUUCUGCGAAGAGCGUCGAAGACAGCAAAGCUUCCGUCUAUUACACACCACCUGACGUACAGUUCAGCCCUGAACUAUUGCAAACGUCGCCGAUUCAUAUAAAUUAUAUCAAUGAAAAUCUCGACCAACAAUCGGGAGACUUUAAAAUUAGCUUGGAUCCGUUGAAACUCGAGAUAGAUUUGGAUACACUAGAAAAUACGAAUUGUGCCGAAACAAAGUUGAAUGGAAACAGCGGUAGCAACGAGGACAAUUGCUGCGCUCUCUAUGAUGACGAAGACGACGACGACGAGGAAAACAAGCGGCGAGGUGGAAAAGUCAGCAAGUUUUUAUUCCGGAAAGGUAAAUCACGACAACCUAGUUUACCAUUUGAAAACGAAACACUUCUUCUUAAAGAAGUGAACAGAUCUGUGAAUAUCCCUCCGUCUAAAUUAGAUGAAUCGACGGAAAAACUAGCCCUUUUCACAGAUCAGCUGAAAUCAAGAUCAGGUUGUGCGACUGGCUUCAGCAGCAAGAAGGAGAAAUAUUAUUCAUUAGAGAAUAUUUUUGAAAAUCGUACUCUGACGAACAACAACAUGGUUCCAUCUGAUAGUAGUGCUACUCUCUAUAAGAACACUAACUCUUGUAGUGAAACUAAACCUAGUACUGAUAAGCUAAACAUUAUACUAGACGAAACCGGGAAAUCGGUCGUGCUAACAUCGAACAGUGUAGUUGAUCCUAUUAUUAAUAAUUUUAAUGAAUUGCCAACGCUAUUGGCAUAUAGUUCAAGUCUGCCUGAGAUCGCUUCUGCAUCAUUGUCAACAACGAAUGCGAGUAGAAAAGGUAACCGUGCAGAAUUGAGGCGUCAGAAGUCGGCAAAGGCUAAUAUUGAUAGCAGUGGGUCAUCAUCUCUAUCAUCCAACUUGAAUGAUGCUACUCAUCAUGGAACCCACGUGAUUCUGAAAAUUAAGGAAAGCCUAGCCAAGAAUUCUUCAAAGAAGAUUUCGGAAUCGGUCUCUUCUCUCGAAUGUAAGGAAGCGGAUUGCAAAGUGGGGAAUACAAAUUGUAACAAAAGGGACAUUGAUGCUGAAUAAAUUUUAUUUCAAAGAACAAGUUAUGGCAGAGUGAUAUGGAGGGUAAAACUGGGUGGCUAUCAGAAAACGUUAUCAAAAAAUUGUGAUUAACGUUAAUUGCAGGAAUCACGAUCUUUGAGUCGAGUACAUUUUUCCUCUUUAUACGAUUACGUACAUAUAUGUGUAUGACAGAAAAUGUUUCAAGUAACGUCCGGCUUACGAUGAAAUCAUUAGAUGCUGCACUCCAGUCUGGGAAGGCGCAGUUACUAUUAUAUGUAUAGCUUAUAUAUUGGUGUGAAAAGAGGAAGCAAUAACGAUAGAAAACUUGUUGAGUCAUAAGCACAGUCUUUUUUUCUCUCACACAAGCUUUUGUUAAAAAUGUCAUUUCAACACUUCGUGCCAUGGAUUUCCUGUUAUCCGCAUCCAGAAGUUUAUACGCUACCAUAGAAACGAUUAUUUCUUUAUAAAGCGAUUAAUUGAUAUUUGGGUAGAAGCUAGAGAAACUAGCAAUAUUUUACCAUAUGAGAAGCUGAUCUGUGUUUAUAGGCAUUUGAAAAUAAUUUUAGUAUUUUUUUCAUUCUCUGCAUUUUUCCGUAUAAAAAAUUGGGUAUUAUAAGUAGGCGUCAUAAGUGCAGUAAUAUUCAUGAAUGAGUGAAUGUGUAGAUUUUGUUAGUUCGAGUAUAUUGAAAUCUUCCACGAAAUCACUUUUGUUUGGCGCUCGUGAUCCUCGCGAAGUGUUCCGUCUAACCGCGAUUGUUAUUCAUUACAUCAGUUUUUGAUGGCAUUUCGCGUUGUUACUUCAAAACAUUGAGAGAAAAUGUCAAAUCAGCUCAGAAACAGAAAAUUUUCCAUUAAAUCACAUUACAUACAAUUGCAUAAAAUACUUCCUAAAUAAUUACCGCCUCCAAACGAAACGCAGCUUAUUUAGUUAUUAUUGCGUAUUCAGUAUUUUUUUACAUUUCAUUCUUCACUCAAUAAUUUUGAAUAUUGUGCUGGUUUUUGACCUCUUCUAGUUAGAUUCUAUUACGCGACUUUCCCAAUUGUUGCAUUCUGAGAGUUAAUAUGGGACGAAAAGUAAUUCUAAACAGCACUAAUAUCGCAUAGAAGCAUGUCUGAGCUAAAUUGGCAAUCGAAUUCAAAGUGCUGUUGUUCAGGUAGAUCGAAUUCCGACCUGAAUUUUUAAUCAUGCAGCUGGAUAUUUUAAACGUUAGUAGUUCAAGAAGGAAAAAGGAGGGAAAAUAGAGGAGGAAGAACUUUUAAGGGAUUGCUACUCGAGAUUCCUGCCAUAAAUUGAUUCUAAAUGGGGUUUUGUCCAAUUGGAGAAGCUAACAUCUUCUGUGCAAUUUAGCAAAAUAAAAGCAAAAGCAAAUUAUGUAUCUCUGAAUAUCGUUUCAAGUUCAAAUGUGAUGAUUUUUUGUUUUGUAAACCUUACAUAGGGAAGAUACGCCUCUGUAGCUAACUUGUUUUCUUUCUUGAGUUUCUUGAGCUGGAAAAAUUGAAAGCAAUUUACAGAUAAACGGCCUGGAUUGUGUUUGACACUACCUUCCUGGUAAUUUCAGCGGUGUGGAUAAUCAUCCUCUUUCUUGUGUAUUCAACUCUGAAGUCCUGGAUCAUAUAUUAUUGUUCAGCUUUACAGGCCUGUCAUUAAAUUUUUGCUUGUUUUGGCAGCAUAUUUUCUUGUCUUGUCUUUGGAGGUGAUUAUAGUUUUAUUCUUUAGCUUGGUUAGGUUUUUCGCUGUACUCUAGCUUAUGGGAACAGAAAACUCUUCAUCAAACUAGUAAUUUUAGGGCUUGUGUUGCCGCCCUCUAAUAAAUUUUCGACCUAUAACCUGGCAUUUUCAAAACUGUUUCAUUUGUAUUGUGAUAUUAACAUUUGGAUUUCUUAUUUUCACCCUCCGUAUUACGUCCUAAUUUUGUAAUGAUUCAAACCACUCGGAUUCGAAUGGAGAAAUUUGGAAUGGUGUCACCACCGCCUUUGUUCUUUUAUGUAUGUCCAAAUGUGGGAAGAACGUUGAAGUUGCGGCUAAGUUUUUACCUGUUUGUAGUCUAUGUGUGAGCCUGUUAUCAAAAAAAUGGAAAUCCAGACGUUUCGCAAGGUUUCUUACUGGUUAAGUGAGCGUGCCAUUAUUUCAUCGCUGAGCUAUAUUGUUUCCCACAGGAUAAAGUGUUUAGUAUUAAUCCCUCAUUUAAAAGAGCAUAGUGCACCUAAAAAUGAAAAUUUUGUUUGGGAUGAGCUUGUCCUGAGCCCACCAUCUACUUGAUGGCGGGCUGCACAUAUUUGAGAAGCAACUUACUUCUGCUAUUCAGUGCGCGGACUACACUUUCGUGGGCAAGCGCCCAGUACUUUUAAAAAUUUAUAAUAUUGGCUAUGCGGUUUCGAUCGCAGGACAAGCUCAUCCCAAACAAAAUUUUCAUUUUGUCAUCGGUCGUUAUAAUUCAUACCGUUGGCGGGUUUUGAAUUCAAUAUAAACGCGCCAAAUGCCACCUGUUGCCGCUUUCGGUUAGGUCACGCUACUCCGCAGCGUAGAGGCGCUGAGGCAGCGUCUGAUGAGAUCGCCUCUACCCUGCGAUCGAAACCGCCAGAGCCAAUAUUAUAAAUUUUUGAUAGUGCACCUGUCCUGUGAUUAGUUUGAGUUUCCCAUAUUCGACUAUUUCCGUUAAUUGUGUCAUUGUCCUUAAAUCAGAAAAUCAGGGCAAAAAAGGAGUCUGAUAAAAGAAAAUAUUAAUUUGUUCAUUUGUUGUGGUUUGCUUCUUACAUUUUUUUAUUUGUUAAUGUUUUAUUUUGCUUUAUAGGUAACGCUGACGGUCGGUGACAAAUUUGAUGAUUCCUUCGCGUUUUUUAAAUAAGCAAAAAUUCUUUGGAAGAUAGGUUUACGAUAGUCGUUUUUAAGUUGAAUGUUAAUGUUUUCAUGAUAUAAGUUUAUUUAUAUGUGACAGUCUAUAGAAAGUAAUUCUGUACAACAGAGCUGACACAGCCACGAUGAAGGAAGGACCUACGCGUGUCGCUGAAUUUGGCCAAGCUGACUGAAUAUGACAUGCCAUCGAAUUAUAUAUUAAUCUUUCGAAAGGCUAGUUAUCAUUGACUUUCUAUCAUCGAAACUUACCUAGAAAUGCCGAAACUUAUUGUCACGAAAUUGCAUAGGCGCGCAGGAAUAAUGUACCAGUGAAGGUUUUUUUAUUAGUCAUAUUUUGAACUGCACUUUCGAAGUUUUUUUGAAAAUAGGAAAGUUUAGUGUGCGGAAUAGGUCUGGUCGUGAAUCCUGUGUUUAAAACAGGGGAAACCGCCUUCAAGUAUACAAUAUGAUAGGCUAAAGAAACGUUUGCAUAUGCACUCCUGGGUUCACGUGGAUCAAGAGAAUCUCUAUAACACAUCCACACAGUCCCUGGCUUCGGGUGGGUUAUCCCGUCUUGUUAUGGAAGCAGCUUCAAAACGUUUUACAAUUAUAGCUUGAUAUUUGUUUAGUGGCACUAUAUGAUAAUUGAAUUAUUUGGUCACGAAUAUUUGACAGUACAUGCGAUUUGGAACAGUAUAAUGGAGGAGGGUAAUCUGCAGUGUGCGUGCUUUCGUCAUCCUAAAUAUGCAAGUUUUUUAGAUUACUCUUAAUUAUGCGAACGUGUUGGGGAUUUACCUAAAAUUUUCGUAUGCUUUUGGGUUUUGGAAUGUAGCAGGUUCCAUAAUAUAAAGAUUGUGCAAGGAAAAGACCAGGACAGGUAGUACAAGAACGUUUGAAUGUUAAAGAAUAAAUAUUUUGUCAACAUCGUAGGAAUAGUUGCUAAAUAAUACGAGAUAUUUUUCAUUUAUUCACCAAAAUCCAUGUCGCUUUGAAAGUAGGCUUCAUUGAAGCAAUGCACAUAUGCCAACAUUUUUUCCAUUUUGGAAACGUAGACCCUUUCCGGGCUGCCCUCCAGUUCAUGUUUCGAUUUUUAUUUAAUAACUUCAAUCGACUCAAACCCGCUGGCUUGUUUGGAUCAUCAUAAAUUAUAAUUCGCCUAUGAAUGUGGGAUCGGAAUUACAGAUAUACCUGUUCGCGGUAGCAUUUUUGAAAAAAAAUCAGAUGUUUUGGAACAAAUGGCCCAUGGGACAUGGUAGGAAAAAAAAAUCAUACCUUCAACUAGUACAGUCAGUUUAAAUGGACAAGGAGAAUGGUUCUCAAAUUGAUGGCAAUAUAGAUGAAAUUAUUAUUAAAUAAGGCGCUAAUUAUCGCGUUCUAAAAAACUAUUUUCGAUGGUUUUAUUAUGCUUAUGUCAACUAUAGUACGCCAUAAAGUCCUACUAUCGACAGAAAUCUUUGAAUGUCAUCUACUUUUAAGUGUUUAAGUAAAUCCCUUCCUAUUUAGUAGACUCCCAGAUGUGCGUAAAUCUAAACAAUGCCUUCCCGCAAAAUUUGUAGAUAAUUUCUCAGUUUCGGUGGAUGGUAGUCUAACUAACAGGGACCUGUGAGUAUACCCUCUAAUCUGUAAGAUGUUUCUUUUGGUUAGGUUUAGGCAAUUAAUGAUAGCUUCGUUUCUCAUAUUUCUUCUUCCUGCCUCUUAAUUAUUGGCUCCUUCCCAAUUCCACAGAAAGUAACUGGCCCAGCCAGCGUCGCUCCACUUUUUUUUUAGUCAAAAAUGGAGGGUACUUCUUUUUAUCUUUUUCAAUUAUUUCUAAUAAUAGAAGUUCAUAGCCACUUUGAUUUAGUAUUGUUACCCCGAAUUUCCCAGGUUUUUAUAUUAAUUCCUAGUCGCCAAAUCAGCUUUUCACUUAGAUGCGAUGUACGAGUUGUGAAUUAAGGUUUGAGAUUUAAAUAUUUCAUCUGUUCCAACUGGUCCGAUACUGAAGGAAAAUUGUGCAGCUCUUGCUGUAUUGGAUAGUACGCUAUUUUUUUUUUUUCCUUUUUUGAAACUGCCAUGAGAACAUUUAUUUUCAAUCUGCUCAUUAAACUGGGAAAAAUUGCAAGGGUUUUGAAGGGAAGUGCAAUAGCUAUUUAGGUACGAAUUCAUGGCUUCUUAAUUUGAAAACUAUGUAAUAAAAAAAAGUCAAAAAUUGUGUUGGAAACAUGAGAAAUCGAUGUAAUUUUUUUUAAAUAAUUGUUCACGGUUUUCCCUAAAAAUAAGACAUUUCAAGUGCAAAGAGUAGCAGAUAGUGGACAAUUUCUAAGGCACCGUUUAGUAUCACACAACAGUUUAUAGACCUAGCCAUAAAACUGCGGUUCUUCACAAUUCUUUUAUGCUAGCGUUAGAUGAUUAGAUACAAAUUUAUAUUACAGUGUGUUGAGUUACAUUCUUUGAUUCGAAAUGGAAGUACAUAGAUCGCCGUAGACUAUAAGGUAGAAGAACUAAAGUUUGUGAAAUUGAGGAUAUCCAAUUAAUUGCAUAUAGUUAUUGCUAAAAGAGAAAAGUUUACCCUACAUAUGCGUUUGAUGAUGGUAUUGGAGAUGAAGCUGGAAAGAAUGUAUAUAAGUAGGGCAAUUUUAAAUAACGUAAAUGUUUUACCUAAUGCAAUUUAUCGUUUGAUUUUACUGAUAAGAAUAAAGUAAAUGUGAUAUAUUCUGUCAUCUCGAUAAAAAAGAUAAAAGAAUAAAAGUACAGAAAGUAAUAAGCAAAAAUUAUAUACAAUAAUCAUUAAUAUAUUGAAUGGAACUUUAUACAAGAUAAUGAAAAGGCAUUUUUAACGAUAAAGAAGUUAUAUUAUUCUAUAUAUUGACAGACUGAGGAGAAAAACGUGUAAAUCAUUCAUAUUGCAUUAAUGCCUCUGUAUCAUGGAAUGAAUAAAAUGAGCAAGGCGGCUAUUACGUAUAUGUAUGAAUACAACUUCUAUGCAUAACUGAAUUUUUGUUUGUAACAAAUUUAUUUUCAUAUAAGUGAAAAAUGGUCAAUGUGUAAAAAUAAAGUGAAAUUGUUACAACAAA